UAUGUCAGUGGAUCAAACGAUAACAGAGCUCAGUGGCACAUUGUCUCAAUUGAGCACAUUAGUAGCACAUAUCAAUGGACAGAUUUCGGGUAUCACGGGACGAGUCAAUCAGACUUUGGACAAUUUCGAUCAGGCUGUUGCGAACUUAGCGAAAGACGCGGGUUCCCUGACAUAUCAAGUUGGAAAUACGGUACAACAAGUACCCAAUGCUUGGAUAUUCUACUUCAUCUUCAUUACACUGAUAGUCGUUUUUAUUUUAUUAUCAAUUCUAAUUCUUCUCAGCGUUGUUACAAAAGCCCAAGUGAUCUAUUCAUUUAUGAAAGGAGGUUCGGACGACAGUUCCAAACGAAUGCUCGUCGAAAAAACACGACGAAGUACUGCGGAUUUUGGACCACAACGAAUGAGAACGUCAAUGAGGCAUGUGCAGAUUCCUAUGGAGACUGAGCCAAGGAGACCCGGAUUUCGAAGAGAGACCAACUCAACAGUCUCGGUAACCGGGGAAAACAACAACGUCCGACCGUACCAACGACGACCUGAUGAAUCUGGAAAAUAUGCAAUGGAGCAGCAGACAUCAUCAUCAUCUUCAAGGCCCUACUCAACACGUUUAGAAGUCUAAUUUACCAACAAUUUAUGCUUUUUUGUGCCUUUUCUUAUACUACCCAUUUGCCACUUUCGCUCAUUUUUCGCUUACCGGUGCCUUCUUCAAAAAACCCCUUCUAGUUUUCAAUGAUAAGCUGUGAUAAGCUUAAUCUGCCAAUUUCAUGACCUAGUCCAGCCAAUUUCAAAACUUCGUCUUGAUGUUUGUAUUCUUGAUGUAUUCAUUGCGAUCUCGCUCAAUGUGCUCUUUCCCACAAAACAAUAAAAAUGUUGAUAAAUAA